GCAGAAUGGUUACUACCCCUGAGCUGUGUGGCAGACACUGCUCAGUUACAGCGACUUGAGUAUUGUUAAUACGUGCCUCUUUGCAUAUCUAUACAUAUUAAUGGCAAAAAUGCCUGCGACAUGCGACUUCGUUACACUCCACACUGGGCAGAAGAUGCCUCUCGUGGGACUGGGAACUUGGAAAAGUGACCCUGGCCAAGUGAAGGAGGCAGUGAAACAUGCCCUCAGCAUGGGCUAUCGCCACAUCGACUGCGCAGCCGCCUACAGCAAUGAAGCCGAGGUCGGGGAGGCCUUCCAGGAAUGUGUUGGGCCCAACAAGGUUAUUAAAAGGGAGGACCUGUUUGUAACAUCAAAGCUCUGGAAUACCAAGCACCACCCAGAAGAUGUAGAGCCAGCACUGAGAAAAACACUUGGAGAUAUGAAACUGGAUUACCUGGACCUGUACCUCAUGCACUGGCCUCAUGCCUUUGAACGAGGGGACAAUCUCUUCCCAAAGAAUCCCGAUAACACCAUGCGUUACGACUACAUUGAUUACAAGGAUACCUGGAAGGCUAUGGAGAAACUGGUGGGAAAAGGUCUUGUGAAAGCCAUUGGGCUGUCAAACUUCAACAGUCGUCAGAUUGAUGAUGUACUAAGUGUGGCUACUGUGAAGCCAGCCGUGCUCCAGGUGGAAUGCCAUCCUUACCUAGCUCAAAAUGAGCUGAUUGCUCACUGCCAGAAACGAGGACUGGUGGUCACUGCCUACAGUCCCCUUGGCUCUCCAGAUCGCAUGUGGAAACACCCAGAUGAGCCUGUGCUGCUCGAGGAACCUGGGAUCAAAAAAAUUGCAGAAAAAUACAGCAAGUCACCUGCACAGAUCCUCCUCAGAUGGCAAGUGCAGCGUAAAGUGGUUGUCAUUCCCAAGAGUGUCACUCCUGCUCGCAUUCAGCAGAAUCUCCAGGUGUUUGACUUCAGCCUUACAGAAGAGGAGAUGAACCACAUUGGAAGCCUGAAUAAAAACUGGCGUUAUAUUGUGCCAAUGAUUACGGUGGAUGGAAAGCUAGUAGCCAGAGAUGCUGGACACCCCCACUACCCCUUCAAUGACCCCUAUUAACCAUUGGAAAAUAAGGUGUUAAAGUAAUGCUCCCGGGCGUGCCCUUCCACAAUGUAAUUGUUGCCACGAUUUGUCAAAAGCACUGUCCAAAUCGAAACCUUCCUUCCCAAGUAGGUUUUCCUACAAUGUAUUACUUCUAAUCGACCUCCUGCCUGGAGAUCCUGUAGCUUCCGUGCCAAAGUUUGUGGAUUUAUUACGACUGCAAGCUGGCUCCUGGAGGCAUCAAAUCUUUUGAAGAUUUGAUAGAGUGAUGGAGUCUAAGUCGAGUUCCAAAUGCAUCAUUGUCAGACUAGAACAUUACUUUGGGUAACUACUUUGGUCACUACUGUGAAACGGUUUUGAAAACUUCAGUUACUACCAGGAUGAGGGAAAAAAAUAAGAAGGAUGAAGGCAUGAAAGUUUUUUAAGGCUAAAGAAUUUCUCAGCCAUCAACUUUGAUAUCUUUAUUAAUAAUUUUUUACACAGGGAAUAAAGUGACAUGUGCUACAGUUGCACUAUGUCCAUAAACCAUUUAUUAAAAGCCAAGUAAUCAGUCAUGCCCAGUACUUUUAUCCACUUCAUAGUACUUUUGGGACCUAGAGUUCUUAAUUUUCUUUCUUUUAAUUUGGCUGUAGAUUUGAGCAGAAUAAAAGCAGACCCUGGAGCAGGCCUUCAGGGCAAUCCUCUCUCUUA